GGAAUGCGUGGGCAUGUUGGGCAAACUUUUGCGCGAUAGGUGUGACGUUUCUGCAGGAGUUUUGUGUUUGAAAGCCGAAAGUAUCCCGCCAUGGCAGAGGAGACAGGUGCGAUCUUCGGAAUUGCUUUGGUGCAGCCGUCGCUGAAGCCGGCCGAUUUGGCCCUGGAGAAUGUUCGAUUCCAACAGCCAGAGCUGCAAGAGAUUCAGCCCCGCGACACAAAGAGUUCUGAGUACAGGAGAGGCAUCAAUAAGCGCAAAGCGACACCUGCUUUGACUGCUUAAUGGCAGUCUUUUCUGUUCUGAGCGUUGAACUUCACAAAUUUUGUGCAUGGAGCUAUUUAAGCAAAUUCUGAGACGGGCAUGGCGUGGAUUGAAGAAGCAGAACCAGAUUUUGGCGCACAAUGGACCGCUGAGGAGAAUUUUGGAUAUCGCAAUUCAUAUGAGUCCUGGACUCGAUACACAGAGGACGACCCAGAGGCAGGUGCAGGGCUGUUUGUUUCACCAAGAACUGGAAAAGAGUUGAAGUUUGCCAUCGUCAAAGUCAGCAACCCAGCUGUGCCUGCCCUAUGUCAGAUUGCACAGGUGGCACUGGCUUUGAUCGACAUGGGUUCUGGGCAAAACCUUCUGGGUCUCGUAGUGCAAAGGAUAGCAGCGCCCGUCUUUGUUAGCAGCUAACCACACGCGAAUUUGCCAUCACGGUUUUGCCACGUUCUCAUGUGGUGUGGUUCGUAGCCGCGCAAGGAGGGGGCAGUGUUAGUUGUGAUGAGCCUGUUCGAUGUGUUCAUAUCGACGUGUUCACAUCAUCAUCAGGUAUGCGCAGGGCUUGAUAAGAUCAAGAGAACCCACGAGAAAACGCCCUCUCAUAUUUUGAGGACAAACCAUGCUGAAUUGGCAAGGAGCAUCGGAGUCUCAUCCAAUCAUGGGGCUGCGCCAUUUGCAAUCCAGCCGAUUGCAGUAAGCAAUUACCAGUGGUAGAGGCCAAGGUCCGUUCUUUGGAGUUCAUUUGACCUUGCUAGGCACCCUGCACAGAGUUGUAGGCUCUAGUCUUGCGAGCAAUGGCCUUUGAAGGCCAUAGUGUAUGUAGGACAAGCAGUUGGAAACAGCUCAAGUACAAACCAGUUA